AUGCCAUUUAUCAAGCCAGUCGCUGUCACCGAACUAUCUUCAGCGACGAUAUCAUGGGACGACAAGGCUGGAAAUCUGUUUUUCGUCUUGCAAUCAAAGAGAACGAACAUGGGAACAAAGUUCUUGUCAACAUUCACAACUGGGUUUACUUUGAUGACUGCUAGUGCUGAGACUGCAGAAAAGCAAAAGUGGGCCGACGCCGACUAUAGAAUUGUCAUGAAGUGCAAAGGAAAGAAGUACGGUGAACAGGUGGUGGCUGUAGGUGAUACGUUUGAGGCAAUUCACGAACACUGGAAUUGGAUUGAGCAGAAUUUGUAUCUCAAGUUGGCCGAACUGGACACCACGAUGAAUAGUCAAGGCCAAAAAUACACAAGUGAUGACGUGGAUUCCUUUCUUAUCAAACAGUUCGAAGACCUCGCCGAACAAUUGUCUACUAGUCUAGAACCACGAAUCACUGGAGCUGUCUCUCGGCUGACAGAGAAGCGAGCCCAGCUGAUACAUUUAUUUCCUGGGCUGGAGGAUGAAGUGCUCCUCAAUUUCUACACGUGUAAUUAUAUCGAAAACGAGUCAAAUUCUGUGCGUGGCACAUUGUAUAUAUCACGAAACUAUGUCUGCUUCCAUGGAACACGUGGAGUGGAGACAGAAUCAUCCUCAUCGCAUGUCCGAAUAAGAAUACCCUAUAAAGAUGUUUUGGGACUAGAAAUGGUCACUGCUAAACGAGUCUUGAUGCCAGAUUCCAUACAGAUAUCAUUAAAAGAUUCAAAUUACUCCUUUUCUCUCUACUUUUAUCGAAAAGACUGUCUGCGGAUACUGAAUUGUCUCUGUGAUGCUUCUAUGAACUGCUUAAUUAAAGGCGCCGAAGUGUCUUUAUCAGCUACAGCAGACAUGUUUGCCAAGGGCAACACAUCUGGUGAUUUAGCAAAUAAUAUGUCAAGUCGUAAAGGUGGUGGGCUGCUGAUGAUGGGUCGGUCUCAAGAUGAGUUUGGCUUGUCACGGAAUCGGUUGGCUAGAACGAUAAAAAUGGAUUUAGAAGAGGGAGAUUUCACAGAACAAUCAUUACGUGGUACGCCCGUACGAGCAUCACCCAUGUCUGCAGCUCUCAAUGGCUUAGACAAGGCCGCUUCAUCGCCCACGACACAAGCUGGUCAAACAAUAACGUCGACCUCUAAUAGUACAGGAAAGAAGGAUGUUCCGAAAGCCGCAGAUACUUUGGCUUCGUCUCUCCUUUACUAUGCCCAUGUAAAUCUCUCAUCAAUUCAUAGUUUGGAUGAUUUAGACAUCCAAAAGCGGAACAUUGAAUUCCGACGUGUAUUUAGACUAGCAUACACUGAAACCGUCUUGAUCGAAGAAGCUCCUUGUGCGUUCUACCGCAAACAGACUAGCACGUCACAUUCAGGUGUUAUAUUCGUAUCUCCAAACUACUUUUGUUUCGGCUCGUUUGCACCAUCUGUAGGAAGUGGAGGAGGUGGUGGUUCGGCUCCACUGUCAAAUGUAUUGACGGUGACAGCACCUGGAGGUGGUCCAGCAUCGAAUACUACCGUAUCAUCGGGCUUGACUUCGGUGUUAUUUGAUACCCAGGAACUGACGGUCGGGAUAGUCAUACCGUUACGAGAAAUUACCAAUGUCAAAAAGCAACCUGCUACCGCUUUACCUGCCGCUGGACGUAUUACAGCAUUCUCUCUAACAGGAUAUCUAGCAAUCUCUACUCGAAAUCGUGGAGAGUUUUGGUUUUCAUUUGGUGGUGCAAAAGGUCGAGACCGCACCACUGAAAUCUUGCUAGCACGCUUAAAAACGGUAGACUGGCACAUAGAUAAUUCCACUGUCGGUAGUCGUAAUGCUCAAGAAAAUGCUGCGACACUAGCCACCCGAGUUGCUGAUCGAGUAGAUGGUGCACAAUCACCCGUAAAUCUAAUUGGUGGUGAAGGAACUCCAGCAAGAAGAGUCUCCGAAGUGUCUACUGGAUCACUAGACGAAUACAUGUAUACUCUCUCGUCCAUGCCAAUAUCCCACGAGCCGCCGAAAUCAUUGACGACCCCAACUGUGCAAGUUGGCUUGAAAUAUCUAUUCGCAGAAGAUCCUGAUAAUUUGCCUGUCGUCCGUAAAGGCCAUCCACCCAUGUAUGAAGCCAAGGACAUGACGGAUCAAGAGUCGCGGCAGGGUACCGCUGAAGAUAAGGAACGUAGAAAGAGAGACGUGACGGAACAUAUUAAACUUUGGACUGACUAUUUGGACGUAAAUGGACGUGAUGUUUGUCUUGUCAAAGACGUGAAAGCUCUCAGAGAGUCAAUUGUUAAGACUGAUGGUAUACCUGAAAAGUUUCGUGGUGACUUAUGGCUUGUGUUAUCUGGUGCUUGGUAUUCACGACACGAGACAACACCAUAUUUGAAAAUUAUAUCAGAUCAUCAAGGCCAAUCGUCUCCCUAUACUGAGGAGAUUGAAAAGGAUGUGCGAAGAUCAUUACCGGAACACCCCGCAUACCAGUCCUCCGUUGGUAUCGAUGCACUCAGGAGGUUGCUGACUGCAUACUCGUGGCGCAACCCUGCGAUUGGAUAUGCACAAGCCUUAAAUAUAAUAUCCUCGGUUUUACUAUUGCAUUUAAAGGAAGAAGACGCUUUCAGAAUUCUUUGCAUUGUCAUUGAACGCAUUCUUCCAGAUCAUUAUACCCGAACUCUUGUAGGAUCUGUAGUGGACCAGUCCGUCUUUGCUCAUCUGGUGUCAAUACAUCUGCCGGUCCUCCAAGCCCAUCUGAAAAAGUUGUACAUGGACUUGUCAACUUUUUCAGUGCCAUGGUUUAUGUGUUUGUUUUUGAACACGGUGCCCUUAAAGACUGGCUUCUGUGUACUGGAUGGAUUCUUCUUGGAUGGUCCAUCGUUUAUCUUUUGGGUAGCUUUAGCAAUUCUCAAAAUCAAUGAAAAGAGAUUGCUAGCUAAAGGACGAGACGACGACUUGUUUGUCGGUGUCCUAAAGGAUUUCUUUGCAAGACUGGCUGUUGAAGCGCCAGCUGAUACAGAUUCAGACUCUGGAUCGAUAAUGACACAAUCAUCUAAUGACCGUAAAAGUCAUGAUACCGAUAGUAGUAAUUCAAAUCAACCUCAGGAUCCGGCCUUGCUAUGGGGCAAAGCACUUUUUACCUCCACGUUAAAUGUGGCAUAUACGACAUUUGCUCCAGUUGUAACAACCGAUGUCAUUGACUCAUUACGUAUGAAGUAUCGGCUCAGUGUUGUGCAUCAAAUGGAGGAAUCAUCACGUAAAUCUCAGAUACGGACAUUAUGUGAGCAAGUGGCUCUGUCCUUUGAUGAAAUCGCCAUAGUAUACGAUGAAGUGCGAGGUCUUGAGUUUGAUAGAGAGGAGGAAGGUAAUGGAACUGUAAUUGGAGCGGCUGGUACUGCUGCUGCAUUAGGUCGCCUGGAAGAAGAGCAAAUACGACUCACGCUCAUAAGAGAAGGUGGUUGGGCUAUGGUAAAGACGGUGCCAGACGCUACUCUCGCCGCUGGAACUAGUGCAUCCGGACAAUCCACAUUAGAAAAGUCGAUACCAUUACGAGAUUUCAGAAAAGUGUUUACCAAAGUCUCACCUUGGAAGUCUGCUACCCCUGUAUCUAUAACAAACAAGACAGUCAAAACCAGUGCCAGUUUUGAUAGUGAGGGUGGACGACCGUCAGUUGCUUCGUCUCUAUAUAGUAGUAGUGGUAGUAUCAAGACUGUGCCAGCUGUCACUCGACCGAAUGAUGAUCCAUUACAAAUCCCAUUAGUAGAUCGUAUAUACUUUUACUGUUCCUUCCAUUAUCACUUCUUCCAUCAAAACCAAUCGCAACGUGCCAAUGAAGGCAAAGAUCAAUCAGCAAUAGGAACCUUGUCUCAGUCCAAUGAAGAAGGAAUGAGCCCGAAUUCACCGGACGGCAAUAAAACCGCUGUUGCAUAUAUAGUAGAUUUAGCUGCAAUGAUACAUACUUUGGACUUGAUGAUGAGACAACCACUGUCCAAUCGCCUCAGGUUCUUGUUUGACUUACAUGAUCUGGAUGGUGACGGGUUUCUUUCAAAAAAUGAAUUGAAGGCCAUUAUGGAUUCAUUUUUGGAAAUGUUUGAAAAGAAUCGGUCGUCAGGACGUAGUACAGCUGGGCCUUCACCUGGAAUGUGGGCGUCACCAGAGAAUGAAGAAGAGUAUCUACGAGCCGUCAGUGCAUUCCUGAAUACGGCACUAAAACUUGGGAAUACUCGUGGUGCUGAAGGAGGUGCCGCAGGUAGUAUGUCUAUAACAGGUCUAGCUGCUGUAGCAAGCCCAUCUAGUCCAAAGGAUCUUAGUCCAUCACGAACAGUACAGUUAGCAUCGAAAGGAUCCCGUACACAUUCACGAACGAAAUCGUCAUCGAUAGCCAAACCUAUGGUUGCAGAACCGGAGGAUGAUGGUGAUAUGACGUCAAUCGCAGCUGGUCCAGGUAGUAGUGGUAGUGGAAUAGAUGAGGCUCGAGACGAGUUUCCUGCACAUCUAGCAGGACGUAGAAGAUCAGGUAGUGCAGGAUCUGCAUCCACAACAACGAGUACUGCAGCAUCGAGUAUAGUAAAUAUUGCUGUCGUAAAUACCCGAGAAAAUUCUCGAAGUGUUAGACCAGGUCAUUCUAGAACACAGUCUGCAGGAGGACCACACUCUCGGUCAAUUUCUGAACGUGUAAAGAACGAAACACCCAGGAUAGUCACUGCUCCGUCAUCGCCUUCUAGAGAAACUGGGAAUGCUGGUGGUAAAGAGCCGUUUAAACUAUCUUUUAAUGAGUUCUUGUUGGCGGUGCUUAGCCAAAGUAUUUUUGUCCAGUUUUUUGAACAGUCUUGGACUCUAAAGAAGUUACCUAGUGAGAGUGGUAUUGCUGGUAGUGAUGUCGGGAAGAUUGUGAUUGAUCUUUCAUAA